GGGGUGCUCGACAGCUGGGCGCAGGGUAUAGCAGGGGUCCCGUUUGGCUUGAAUAAGUGAUCCGCCUGUGACCUCCGCAACCCAUUCAUAUCUCAUCUGUCAUCCCGUCAUUCCUAGCAUCUCCGUUCUCCUGUCUGUUCCGACCACGAUCUGCGUUCUGAUCAUGACGGUCGGGAAUUGCAGCGACCUCCAGGAAGCCGUACCGGAACCGAUAAUAUAAGCAAAAAAACCUAUCGUCGUAAUCGUCGCGUGGUGAAGGAUGCCCCCCAGGUACGACGAAGCACCUGAGUUGACGCCUAAUAACUUACCUGAAGUGCAUCUCCCGCCCUCCAUCUCGGAUCCGGAGGUGUACGACCAGCCUGUUCAGCAUGUGCUAGUCCAACCUAUAACACCGGUUGAGCAUGUACCGGCACACUAUCUGCCAACGCCGCUGGCGCAGCCGGAGGAGUCGUUUACAAACCAGAGCACUCCAAAUCCGGAUUAUGCGACAGUUGACAAUCCGACGACGCCAUCUCCGUAUGGCUACGAGCAGCAGCCAGCCCACGGCGAGAUACCGCCUGCUGAGCAGGUGAAGACGUCGAGGCGAAUAUGGGGGUGCUCGGUACUGGUGUUGAUCCUCUCCGUCAUAAUCGCCAUACUAUCCGCUGCCGUGAUAGGGCUGGCGGCGGGGACGGGAGUCGAAGCAAGCCGGGCGAACGAUGCAGAAGCGCGGUUGGCGGAGAUGGUUGCUUCGCCGGUGACACUCACGGUGACCGCACCAAGUCCGAGCCCGACGGGCUUCAGUGCUAUCGACAAGGGAUGCUCGACGAAUUCGGCGGGCGUAACCAGGACCAAAUACAGAUCUCAAUUCUUCAACACGCCCACCUUCACGAUAUACUGCAAUAGUGAUGCGCCGAACCCCCCUCUCCAGUCGCUCUUCGUCGCCAACUUCGACGACUGCAUCGACGCUUGCGCCUCCUAUUCUUUUUACAUACCCUCGGAUUUCCCCAACGCCACCGCCCUCAACACCACCUGCGUCGGGCUCAGCUUCAUCCCCGCGUGGACGAACCGCGACUUCGCCUUCGACGGGAACGCGCCUGGGAAUUGCUAUCUUAAGCCCGGCCCGCAGAACGAGACCGCGUUGAGGACUCCCAAUAUCGGGGGCUCUGCGGUGCAUGCGGCGAUCCUAGAUUCGUAGCACCGCCCUGUCCCCCGCGGCGCCGCUCGCCAGUCUACGACUUCGGUACUUUGCAUGAUUUUUAGGAUAGACCGACGAGACGUGCACUUGAAAUGAUAGCAACAUGCAUGGGAGUUGGGGUGUUUGUGUGAUGAGCCUGCUAGUCCGGCCUGUUUGUGAUAUCCUAGCGUUGGGAACGGGAGAUCUGCUUAACGCAUCGCAACUUUUUGGUGGUGAGGAGGUUAUUCUUUGUAAUCCUACAUCAAUACAUAUGACCAAAUCGAUCUACAUACGGU